AUGGUGGUCGAAACCAAGGAACAGGUAGAAAAGCAUACCUCCGGCGAUUCUUCGUCUGAUGAGGAUGAGGAAACUCCAGGCGCCCAAGUUAUCACUGAAGAACAGGCGAAAGUUGCGGAAGCUGCUGGUCUCUCCGAACAAGUAUGUAAAUAUUUUCAUAAUCAGUCUUUUUUUAGGUCACUGAGAAAGGUUCGAAACAGUCCCGGUCUGAGAAGAAAGCAAGGAAACUUUUCUCCAAACUUGGUUUAAAGCCUGUUCAUGGAGUGUCUCGUGUUUCUAUCAGAAAAUCCAAGUCGAUUUUAUUCGUGAUCAACAAACCUGAUGUGUACAAGAGCCCUGGCUCCGAUACUUACAUUGUCUUUGGCGAGGCAAAGAUCGAAGAUUUGAGUCAGCACGCUCAGUUGGCAGAUGUUGAGAACUUCAAACCUCCAUCUGCCAAUAUUAUGCAGAAUGUGAACCGUUUGGCCCCCCAACAAGAGGAAAGUGACACUGAAGAAGUAGAUGCAACUGGCCUUGAGGAGAAGGACAUCGAACUGGUUAUGUCGCAAGCUAAUGUUAGUCGCAAUAAAGCUAUAAAAGCCCUGAAGAACGCGGACAAUGACCUGGUGAAUGCUAUCAUGGAGCUGACAAUGUGAGCAAGUUGUGCCUGUCCAAUAAGAUCUGUUGCCUUUUAUAAACAUUUGUUUGUGUCAGUUGUUUUUUCUUUGAUAAAUUGUUUGCUUAUUUUCCAUAUAAAAUUUCUUGUUUCUGAGGGUCAAAAUGUUGCGUUCUGUCUCCGUUUAUCAAAUUGUAACAAAACCGCUAUUGAGGGCAAAACAGAGGGCCUCGACGUCACUCUCAGAUUUGUCGUAGUUAUGGGCUCACACGUUUAUCAGCCACGAUUCGAUCCGAACAGUGCACCUGGCUGAACGGUGCACCUGGGCGAAUUGUGCAACCUGGGUGAACAGUUCACCUGACAUUUUCUUUUUUUAACAGUGCACCUUGAAAAAAGUUUCUUUGUGUAUAAUUGAAGACAAUUUGAAAGGUUUUCGCUUCAGUACAGGGAAAAAGGAUUUUUUGGAAAAUUUUUACAAAGUUUGAAAGGUUUUAUAAAAACCUUUCGCGAAAAAAAGCUUUCGUUUUUAAAAUUUUUGCUUCGCGACAAAGAAAAACAAAUUUUUUGAAAAAUUUUUAAAAAAUCUGAAAAGUUUUCGUUUCGGAAGUAGAAAAAAAGAAGAUUUUUCGUGAAAAUUGAACAAAAUUUUUAAAUGUUUUCGCUUUGGGACUAGAAAAAAGGAAUUUUUUUGUAUUGUAAGGCUUGUCAAGGCCUCGGAGUUUAUUUUAGCACAAAACAAAUUAACAGUAACCCGGUUUUCAUAUUCAGUCAGCUCGAAAACAUUUCAAAAUUUGUUCAAUUUUCACAAAAAAAAGUCUUUUUUUCCAGUUUCUCUACAUAAUGGUAUUUGUUUCGUUUAAAUCCAUCCACGUUGAGUAGAGUUACACAGAAAACAAAAAAUUGACAGUUUUUUGGCAGCUACCGUAUAUGCGAGAAUCCUAGCCCGCGCUUUGCAGAAACAACCUAGAUUUUUAGAUCGAAAGUCGGCGAAAAUUUAACACUUUUUCCCGAAUUUCGGCAUAGAAACUUUCAUUCCUAUUUCUACCAGAGAGGGUAAUGUUUCCACAAAAAAUCAAAUUUUUCCGCACGAAACUAGCAAAGUUAUGGCCAAAAAGUGUUUUUCUCUCUGACUGCUCUCCGCGUUUACCGUACUCAAGAUCGUUCAAUAUUUCAGGAUAGAGUUCGUAUUUCUUGUCAAAAUCAGAAGAGUGUUCAGUGUUAAAAAAAGGGGAGUUCGGCUGAGACGUUCAAAUUGGGCCAAAUUUAAUUUAAAUUUAAUGCAUAAUCGACAGGAAAAGAAAGGUUGAUAAUACCCUAAUUUUACAGAAAAAUACGCGUCCCGACAUUUCGGGUCAGGGACAAUUCGGGUCGCGACAACUCGGGUCAACGACUACUCGGGUCAACGAUACCGUUUAAUAUUUUCGCUUCGGGACUGGGAAAAAAGAAUUUUUUGGAGAGUUUGAACAAAUUUUUGAAAUGUUUUCACUUCGGGACUGGGGAAAAGGGAUUUUUUGGAGAAUUGAGGUAUAUAUUUUUUAUUUUUUUGGGAAAAUAGUGUCUAUAAGCGACGAGCAAAUAAGAAAAUCGUUAUGUGCACACAAUCAUUACGACUAUCUUCUUCUUACUCCACUCUCUGGUACUGUCUGUGUUUAUAUCCCGUGCUUCCAGUUAAAAACAUAAACAAUGGAUACAAUUUUCUUAUUUGCUCGUCGCUUAUACACUACAGGGUGCGGCAAUUUUUCGGCCGGAUUUGAAUUGGCUAUAACUUUUUUAGUUUUUAUCCGAAUGUUAAAAUUCUUUUUUUUCCCUGAAUCCUCAGACAACCCCAUUUUGUUUAAUACCAAAUAUGUUAUUCAUACAGGGACCUAGUUCAUAGUUAUUGGCCUUUCGGACGUUUUCUCUGCUUUUUCGGCGUGUGUGAAAAUCGCCAGAAAAAAAAUGAUAUGGCCAAAAAGUUUUUCUGUGUGACCACUCAUGUGCCCUCCUGACCGCAAAGAAUCGUUGAAUAUCUUGGUCGCCCCUGAAAGGUGCGGGCUGAAACUUUCAUGAAUUGAUGUGUGGCCUAUGUCCGUCCCAUGUGCAAAAUGUAAAGAAAAUCUGAGAGUCGCACUAGGGGUAAUUCCAUUGUCAGCUAUGAAAAUUAGAGUUUUUUCUUUUUCUCGAAUUUUUACUGUAGUCUAACGAACGGGUAUAACAUACAGGGUGGUCCAGCUAAGUUCGCGGAUGUAAAAUGCUUAUAACUUUUUAUAGGAUUGUUCAAUUUUUAUGAGCAAUAGCUCAUUUUAUUCCUUAGUAGUUGCCAUUUUGUUUAAAAAAAGAUCAUUAAAAAUGAUCAAUCCUACGUCGAGUUAUGACCCUUCAAAGUCAAACAUGCUUUUUCACGUAAAUUUUUUAAAAAAUUUAAUUUUCAAAAAUUUUUGAAUUGCGGUGUCACCGCUCGCUGUUACCGGGAAAUGAUGGUGAACAGAGCGAUCCCAGCUGUGCAAAAUUGGCCCAAUUUUGCCAGUCUUUGGUAUUCUUCCAUAAUUUGGCGCCUCAUUUGUUCAUCCUGGCGAACUAGUUCCACCUCUUCUUCGAUUACGCGCUUCAAUUCCACGUCUUUGGGCGCCAAUCCCUGAUGAAAAUCCGCUGUUUUAAGAACCCCCAAAUGGAGAAAUCUAGCGGAGUUAGAUCAGGUGAACGCGGAGGCCAAGCAAUUGGAGCUGGUUGCCGCGCAGAUCACCGGCCCAUCCAACGACCUGGAAAAACCUGGUCAAGGAGUUGACGGACCGCUAUAG